AUGGCCAAGACACCAUCCAAGCAAUCCGCCAAGACCCCCAAGAAGGCUGCUGGUGGCUCCAAGAAGUCCAAGAAGCGUACCGAGACCUAUUCCUCCUACAUCUACAAGGUGUUAAAGCAAGUACAUCCCGAUACUGGUAUCUCCAAGAAGGGCAUGUCCAUCAUGAACUCUUUCAUCAAUGAUAUUUUCGAACGCAUCGCCACGGAAGCUGGAAAGCUUGCCACCUACAACAAGAAGGCCACCUUGAGUAGCCGUGAAAUCCAGACCGCCGUUCGUUUGAUGCUCCCUGGAGAGUUGGCUAAGCAUGCUGUCAGUGAGGGCACGAAGGCUGUUACCAAGUUUUCCAGUGCGUAG